AUGGGCGCAGAUCUUACUUUCGGUCCUUCUAACCAGCAAUGGCAUUAUUCCCCAUCCUCCAAAACCUACGACCUCUCAGGCGAUUCCCCCAGAAAAUUAACAAUUGCAGCAACUGAAGAGCCCGAAGAAACGUUCUUCACUAUCUCUCCAGAAGCAACAGCGCUAGUGAUUAUCGACAUGCAGAAUUUCUUCCUCGAUGCGAAAUGUAUGGACCAUCCGAAUGGACUGAAAGCCGUGGAACCAACGAUAAAGAUUAUCUCCAAGUGCAGGGAAGCUGGUAUACAGAUCAUAUGGGUGAACUGGGGAUUAACGGAUCAAGACUUGGCUGGCAUGCCUGCAGGAGUCAUGAGAGGAUUCAUGGCGGAUGUGCUACAGUGCAGUACCAAAUCCAUCCUCUCGUACACGGGUUUGGGCUCGGAUCUGGGGGGUUCCAAGGGUCGGUGCCUCGUUUCUGGGACGUGGAAUGCUGAUAUCUAUGAGCCGCUCAAGGCACAUGUCCGAGCUUCGGAUCUGCACUGCGCGAAGAGUCGGAUGAGUGGGUUGUGGACGCCUGAACAGCCGUUGUGGAAGACUUUGAAGGAGCGGAAGAAGAGCACGGUGAUGUUUGCGGGUGUUAAUACGGAUCAGUGUGUCUUGGGGACGCUGGUGGAUGGGUAUAAUGCUGUAAGUCUAUUGAUGGCUGAUGAUCAGGUGACAUGUCAUGUUCUCGCCAGUUUUAGUUGCACAACUUUUCACUCUAGAGGCUUUUCGAAAGUUACUAACACACCUGGUCUCCAAAGGGUUGGAACUGUAUCCUGGUUGACAAUUGUUGUGGCACUACUACGAAAGGAGCCAAAGAGGUUACACUUUCAAAUGUCGCUAAAUGUUAUGGAUUUGUCACUAAUAGCACAAGCUUACUCGCCGCGAAUGUGGGGUGAAGAUCAGAUGCUGAUACGAGGUUUGAUAGAAUAA